AUGUCGAGCAUCAUCCACAAGGUUAAGGACGCCGUCUCCGGCCACAGUGACAAGUCCCACGAGUCCUCUCAUUCUUCCAACACCACCUCUACUACUCAGCACCCCCACUCCACAACUGGUCACUCCUCUCAUGAGCCCAUGAGCACCACUGGAACUGGUGCCAACGCCUACGACUCAACCCACUCCUCCAACCACGGCCCUCACCAGAGCAACGUCGCCAAUAAGGCCGACCCCCGUGUUGACAGUGAUCGUGAUGGCCGUGCUGCUUAUGGCCACAAUGCUACCUCCAGCGGCAUGAACACUCAUCACACCACUACUGGAACUGGUGCUGGUGCUGGCCUUGCUGGAGUUGGCCACUCCUCUCAUGAGCCCAUGAGCACCGCUGGAACUGGUGUCAACGCCUACGACUCAACCCACUCCUCCAACCACGGCCCUCACCAGAGCAACGUCGCCAACAAGGCCGACCCCCGUGUUGACAGUGACCGCGACGGCCGUGCUGCCUACGGCCACAACUCUACCUCCAGCGGCAUGAACACUCACUCUACUACCACUGGAGCUGGAGCUGGUCUUGCCGGUGCUGGUCUCGCCGGUGCUGGCCACUCCUCGCACGGUGCUGGUCACUCCUCUCACGAGCCCCUUGGCACCGGUGCUGGCGCCAACACUUACAACUCCACUCACUCUUCCAGUCACGGUCCUCACCAGAGCAACGUCGCCAACAAGGUUGACCCCCGUGUUGACAGUGACCGUGACGGCCGUGCUGCCUACGGCCACAACUCUACCUCCAGCGGCAUGAACACUCACUCUACUACCACUGGAGCUGGAGCUGGUCUUGCCGGUGCUGGUCUCGCCGGUGCUGGCCACUCCUCGCACGGUGCUGGUCACUCCUCUCACGAGCCCCUUGGCACCGGUGCUGGCGCCAACACUUACAACUCCACUCACUCUUCCAGCCACGGUCCUCACCAGAGCAACGUCGCCAACAAGGUUGACCCCCGUGUUGACAGUGACCGUGACGGCCGUGCUGCUUACGGCCACAACUCUACUUCCAGCGGCUUGAACUCUCACCACACCGCUACCGGAGCUGGUGUUGGCGCUGGCGCUGGCCUUGCUACUGGUGCUGCUGCUCACGAACUCGGCUCUUCUCACUCUGCCAGCGUCGGUCCCCACCAUAGCAAUGCUGCCAACAAGAUGGAUCCCCGCGUCGACAGCGACCUCGAUGGCCGUGCCUCCCACAGCACCAACACCUACAACACUAACGCCCCCGGCACUACCGUUGGCUCUGGCGGCGUUGGUCACACCGGUCCUGCAACCGGCUCUGGUGCUCACACCGGAUUGACCGGCCACCACAGCACCAUGGGUGAUAUGAACCAGGCCAGUGCCACCAACUCCUACGCUACCGGCCCUGCCGAUUCCACUGCCGGCCCUCACAAGAGCAACAUUGCCAACAAGGCUGAUCCUCGCGUGGACAGCGACCUGAGCAACGAGACCAACCGUGAGAGCGGCCAGCGCAUGGGCACCAGCAACUUCCACAAUGAUGUCCACAAGGGCAGCAUUGGCGGUGCCGGUGUGAUCCCCAUCUCGGGCAACGCCGGUCCCACCUCGACCAAGACCUUCGAAGAGGCCCAGGAAACUGGCGCUACCGGUGCUGGUAGCAGCUACAACACUAGCCACCACACCACCACUGGCCACGGUAACAAGACCGCCGGCCCCCACAAGAGCGAUAUGGCCAACAAGCUCGACCCCCGUGUCGACUCUGACCUUGAUGGGUCCAAGACUAUCGGCGGUUCCCAGCGUGUUUGA